CAAAACAAUCCAUGGCUCAUCAUGAUCUUGGCUAAUGACCCAUCAUGAAGUCGCCCCACAAGAAGAAUUCCUCCAGUUUCUUUAGAUUUUCACCCCACCUUUUCUCACCACCUUUCGCUUAAUCUAUUGCUCAUUUUGCAGUGCAAAGCUCUCUUUUCUGUCUUAGCCUCCAACCUCAAGUUUCCUCUUAUUCUCAGACCCCUCUUGCCCGCCCGCUGAUGAUGCUUAUCGGCCGAAGCACUGACUCUACUAGACUUGACUUGAGCAGAGUGAGGCAGCAGUGCAGCUAAGAUACCUCACUCCACGCUUCACUUGCUAAGUUUCUCUUCUUCUCCAAGUGGCAGUACGGCAUGGCCUCUCUCCUUGUCCUGCUUCUGCUUCUCUUCUGCCGCGAUGGGCGAGCGGUCGAGCACGGCGUGGCGAGGCUGGAGCGCGCGCGCGACACGCCGAGGCGGGACGUGACGACGCCGCUCGCGACCGUGCCGCUGCCGACGAACCCCGCGCCGGCGUCGCCGCUUGCCACCGCCGAGCCGUCGCUGGCGCACCCGGUCGCCGCGGCCGGCGCUGCCGGGAGCUGGUGCGUGGCGAGCCCGAGCGCGGGCGCGGCGGCGCUGCAGGUGGCGCUGGACUACGCGUGCGGGCAGGGCGCGGACUGCUCGCCGAUCCAGCCCGGCGGGAGCUGCGCCGACCCGGACACCGUGCGCGACCACGCGUCCUACGCCUUCAACUCGUACUACCAGAAGAACCCGGUCCAGACCAGCUGCGACUUCGCCGGCGCCGCCAUCCUCACCAGCACCGAUCCCAGCACCACCACCUGCAAGUAUCCGUCAACCAGCACGGGCGCAUCAGUUCUGAACACGACGAAUCCGCUGACGCCGACGUUCGGCUCUCCUCCUGGCGGCUACUACAACUCUCCUCCUGGCGCUGGCGGCUUCUACAACCCCCCUCCUCUCUACGGGUCCAUGUCGCCUCCGGACUACGGCGCCGGCAUCAGCGCCGCCACGAUGCCACGCAGCACGAUCAGGACGACGUCGCUGACGUGCCUCCUCGUCGCGGCGGUGUCUCUCAACCUGUGCAAGUAAAGCUUGCAGGAACAGUGAGGAUCGGCUUCGCAAUUCUGAUCCAGGCUGAACAUCACUCGAGUGAACUGAAGAGGGCUCACAUAAAAAGGAACAGCGAUUCUGCAAUCCAAAUGCAUCGGAAAACAGAGUGCCACUGCAGAAGCAUUGUG